AUGAGAGGUAGAAAGCCGAGGUGGUACAGCCUCCAGAACAUUAGAAUUCGCCAGUCAUGGAACAAGCAUAAUCUUUUCAAUUUGUUGAGGAAGAAGCUUGUCAUAAACCGUUUUAGCAGGACCUUUUUCCAGCAGAAAUGGGCCGCCAAAUCCGCAACUCGUGCCUAUCAUGGCGCUCACAUUAAGGAGACGGACUGGUCUCGCAUGUUCUCCCGCCGCCUCUACUCCGCCGUCGACAUGCCCCCUGAGUAUCUAGCCACUUUCGAUGGUUCCGAACAAGCCUCCGGUCGCGGAUCUGGUCGCGCCGGCCUCACUAUCAACGCCAGCAGCUACUCCCGGUACGAAAAGGAAAGGCAGCGGCGCGCCAACGAAGAGCCGACGGGUUCUAGGCUACAUCCCAGACAGGCCGAUACCGACAGUCGCGGAAAGCUUCUUAGUACGCCUAUCAACGAGAUGACGCCGUACAUGCAGAUGGCCUAUGCACCACUCGAGAGAAGACUAGAUGUCGCCAUCUUCCGCGCAAUGUUCGCCAGCAGCACACUCCAAGCCAAGCAGUUUUGCACGCACGGCGCCGUCAAGGUCAACGGCAAGACUAUGCGUUAUGGUGCCUACCUGCUCAACCCUGGCGACAUGUUCCAGGUUGACGUAGACCACGUUCUCUACGCUACCGGCCGACCCAAGACCCCGGCACACGCAAAGUACCUUGCCGGUGAAGACUGGGAAACCAAGAACGCGUCGCUAAGCUCCAAAAAGGACAAGAGCGCCGACGCCGAUGCCGAGACCUCAGAACAAACUGCGGCUGAAGCCCCUGCCGAGGCGGAGACCGAGGAUGCUGAAGCCCAGGCCGCUGCCGAGGGCGAAGGCGCCGAGGCCAAGGAGGAACUGACCGAGGAGGAGCGUGCUGCGCAGCACAAGAAGCACCUCAAGUCCCUUGUGCGCUCCGCCAAGGACCUCAUCAACGACGGCCAGGGCCUCAACCCGCGCAAGAAGCGCCAGCUCCGCUCUUUCAUGAGCGAGGCCAAGCGUGCCAUCGCCCAGUCCGGCCGUACCGCCGAGACGGCAACCGUCAGCCCUGACAACAUUAUGGACCACCUGUCGACCCUGCUCAAGGACUUUAAGCUCGACGGCAGCCAGGUCGAGGCCGUCGCUGCCCCCGAGGAGCAGUCGAAGCAGGAGGCCGAGCAGCCCAAGCCUAGUGCCAAGGAGAAGGCCAACAAGGACACCCUUACCGAGCUCGUCUCCAGCAAGGAGGUGCGCAAGGCCAUCGACGGCCUGUCCAAGGAGGAGCAGAACGCACUUGCAAGCCUGCUUCGCAAGGACGCCGAGAACCCCAUUGACGAGUCUAAGCCCUACUGGACGCCUUGGCAACCCCGUCGUUACAUGGCUCCUUUCGCCUUCAUUCCCCGCUACCUCGAGGUGAACCAGAACAUCUGUGCCGCCGUCUACCUCCGUCAUCCCGUCGCCCGUCGCGGUCUCGCCGAGGUGCCCACUCCCUUCCCUUACGAGACGAACCAGCUGGCCUUCAACUGGUACCUGAAGAGGCGGUAA